AUGAAAACGUUUAGCAGGAGUAGUGAUGUGUAUGCAAGUAACUUAACCGAGAAUGGCGCAAAUUUAAUAGGCAAGAGUAACAAAACUAUUGAGAAAAUAAAAAAUAAGUACAAAAAUGACAACCUUUUAAAUUACGGCAGCACAGAUAACGAGCGCGUGGAAAGACGAAGGGGAGAAAGGGAAAGAGACACCCACACGGAAACGGAAGCGGAAGCAGAGGAGGACACGGAAAGAGAACGAGGAAACGAAGACGAGGAGGAAGAGAUAGCGGAAGCGGAAGAGAAGGACGAGAAGGAUAAAGAAAAAGUAAGCAGUCACCAUUCAUACGUAAGUAGCAAAAAUGUUAACGGCGCUGAAAAGGGCUCUAUGCAAAAUGGAACAAAGUUUAUCGAUAAGUACAAAAAUUUAUUUACAAAAAGUAGUAAUUCGAAUGGGAGAAUUAGGCAAGAGUCAAACAGCAAUGAUAAGUCGGCAAUCAAUCGCAUACUGUUCGACAGAAAUAGCUCCCAUACAACAAAUAGGAGUCACCAUCUAGUAGAUAACGCGAAAAGGAACAACUAUUAUAACUUUAAAAAUGAGCGUAGCAAGCUUCAUAAUAAGGCACCUAGUUAUAGUUCCUCCAACCGGAACUGCAGUGACGCUGUUAGUUCAAAGAGGAAGUUUUAUGCACUUGGAGAGAUAAACACAAAUAAGCAUGUAGACUUGGAGAUGUACGAGUCACUCUACAGAUCUAACAAAAAGCACACGCACAGCAGGCAGGGCUCCGAAAAUAUUCACAAAUUUUCAGGCGCGGACGCGAAAGAAAAAGAUAACGACAAUGCAGUUUUGGAGAGCUGUGAAGAUAUAAAGAAAGAAGACGAAAAAAUGAAUAAUUACGAGAUGUACAAAGAAAAUAUACAUGAUGGAAACUACAUGGACCAUUUAAAGGGAGCAAAAAUGAAAAACAUGUUCCUCAGAAAUGAAGACAAUAAAAGAAAUAAUGAAGACAGUAACGAAGCUAACUUCAACUUCCCCUAUAGCAACAGAACAUAUAAAGACCAUCUCGGUAACAAUCAAGAGAUCGCAUUUAAAAAUAAUAUUAGGUACACCUCAGCAGCGAUAGACAUUCCAAAGCAUAGCAAUUCUAACAAAGUAGACCUGAAUAUGUUAUAUAAUAAUGAUAUAGAAAAGCUGAAUAGCAAUUUGUCUGCUUAUAACGACUCAAAUAAGCUAAGCGAGUUGCAGGAAAAAUAUAAAAAUAAUUUUUUGUACGAAAGAGAGUUCCCGAGUCAUGUUCACGACGUGAAGGAAAGGACAAGCAGCAAGACGAAGAAAGAUCAUGGCGAGAUGUACUCCAACAAUGUGGUGCUGUAUAGCGACACUGGAUCGAAGAGCGAGUUGAGGGGGAAUUUCCUGAACCACGCGAUGAACGGUGCAACGAACGGCGUAGCGAACGGCGUAGCGAACGGCGCAGCGAACCACAUAGCGAACCACAUAGCGAACCACACCAUGAGCAACAGAACCGCGAGAGAGGAGAACUUCCCAGGAGAGAAGAAAGGCUCCGCCGAAAGAGAGUCCGAAAUUAUCAACAGGUAUAACUACAACAGCGACACCAGACAUAAGGCAGCUACCAACGAGAGCGGCAUGAGUAGUAGGAAGCAAAAAAUUUUGGAAAAUUUGAUGAACAUUAACAAAAAUAGUGAUGAAGAGAGAAGCAGAUCCAAUGCAAGAUUGAAUAGCGUGAAGAAACAUUAUGCAGAUAAUACCUUUUACAACAAUAAGAAUGCUCUGCACUUGGAUUAUAAGAAUUCGAAUCACAGACGUUCGAGCUCGACGAACGUGAAUCUGGGGAGACAUGAUGUCGACCGAGUUAGCAAUUAUAUAAGUUAUGCUGAUGACACACAGGCCAAAGUGACCUACUACCACGACAGGGAGUCGGGGACCAUUUCAGGUUACGAAAAAUAUUUGCAGUUAAAAAACGGCAACAGUAAUGGCCUUUUGUCGAGGAAUGUCCCAGGCGACCCAGGAGCAAACGAGCCGAGUGUCAAGCCCAGCUAUGAUGCAGUACAGGCAAGUGCUCAUGGAAGUGCACAUGACACUAUCCACAUGAACGUCAAUAACGCCGAUGUGCAGCGCAACGUGUUGGACGCGAAUCACGGCCACGGAGAAGCGCUGCGCAGCGCCAGUAACGCCGCUAACCAGAAGAGCAGUCACGAAAUGGGCGGCCUGAGAAACCUCGACUUGAAUGAACUGAGGAAAAAGCACAUGAACAUCAUCAGCCACAAUAAUGAAAAGGUGGGGAAUUAUUUGCAAAAGAAAGAAGCGUUCGAGGAUGAGAGGAACGAAAGCUACAACGUGUGCGUGACAAAUGAAAAGAACAAAAUGCAGCCGCUAAUCAAUAACUACGAGGAUUUAUUUUCAUUUGAUAAAAACAUAAAAAAAAAACGACAUUAAAUGCUAGCAGAAAAGGAAAAAGAGAUAGAUAAGAUACAUUCCCAAAUUAAGGAAAAAGAAGUAACCAUUGAUAAAAAAAAAAACGAAAUUGAGGAGAAGGAAAAAUAUAUUAACUCGAUAAAGAACAAGUACGACAAUGCACAGAAAGAGUUGCUAGAAAAAAUGAACGAAUGCAUUAGCAUCGAAAAUAAGUGUAAGAGCAAGCUGUACGAAUAUGAUGAAAAGUUCGGACUGUUCAACAAGAAAAUCAAAGAAAUGGAAGAGCGGGAAAAGGAAAUUGAAAAUGAGAGGAAAAAUAUAGAGAGAAAGGAAAAAAUGCUAAGCAAUGAUAAAAAAGAAUUGGAAGAAGAAAAAAUGCUCACCAUGAAGGAGAAAAACGAGCUGGAGAUGCUGAAGAAGGAACUGGACUCACUCGAAAAAGAGAAGAAAAAAAUAAUCGAAUGUGAAUACAGUAAUUUGCAAAAUAAGGAAGAGGAACUGAGAAGAAAUGAGCGAAGCAACCUGAUCAAGGAAAACGAAUUGAAAAGUAGAAUCGAUAAGUAUAACGAGCUAAUCGAUGAGCUUAACAAGAGCAAAAAGGAAUUAGAAAAUGAGAGAAUCAAAAUGAUGGACCAAUUAGAAAAUGAAAAAAUGAAAUUUGCAAAUGAAAAAAAACACUUGGAGAUGGAAAAGGAAAAUGAAAGAAGUUACAUGAAGGAGGAGCUGAACAAGGAAAGGAUGAUCAUGGUAGGAGAUGUGGACAAGAUGAAAAUGAUCAUGUUGGAAGACAUGGAAAGGACGAAAAAUGCUAUGCUGGAUAAUGUAGAAAAGGAAAACAAAAGGAUGAGGGAAGAAGUAGAAAAUGAAAGGAGAGUCAUGCUAAAAAGCAUGGAAGAGGAUAAGGAGCAGUUCAAAGUUUAUGUCGAAAAGAAGUGCAAAGAAAAUUUAGAAAAUGAAAAAUUAACGCUGGAAAAAAAAUACAAAGAGGAAGCCAACAAACUGCAAAACGAAAUUGCAAAUGAGAGAAAAAAAAUCCUCAAAGAUAGAGACUCCUUCGAGCAACAGAAAAAGAUAUAUGAGGAGGAAUUCCGUUCAAAGUGCGAGAAGUAUGAAGAGAGUAUACAGAAAAAGUACGAACUUCUGGACGAAGAAAAAAGCAAAAUGAAGUACCUUAUAAUGAAGGAGCAGGAAGAGUUAGAGAACUUCAAAAAGAGGGUGUACCUUGACAUAGAGGAAGAAAAAGACAAGCUCUACGUACAACAAGAAAAGCUAAAUCUGGAAAAGGAAAAUUUACAAGUUGAAGAGUCGCGAAAAAUAUUUGACGAGCAAUUAGAAAAAAUUAAAAAGAACAAAGAAGAACUGCUAAUCUAUGACAAGGACUUAAAAUCGAAAGAAAUCAACCUCAUCGAAAAGGAAAAGGAACAGAAAAAAAACGAAGACGAAUUACAUAAGAAGAAGGAAAAGCUGAACGAAUUUGACAGCGAUUUGAAGGAGUACAGUGGUAAGCUACAAGGAAGAGAAAAAAAACUGAAGGAAAAAAAAAACGAAUUACAAAAGGUUAAAGAUCAGUUAGUGAAUUAUAAAAAUAGCUUAAAGCAAAAGGAGGUACAAUUUCAAAUGAUCGAGAAGAGAGAAAAGGAGCUCAUUGACGAGCAGACAGUCAUUCAAAUUGAUAGAAACAGCCUGGAAGCGGAGAAAAAGCAGUUUUUACUCAUGAAGGAGAAGCACGACAAGGACACCGAAUUUAUACAAGAGCAGCUAAAACUCUUGCAUGAACAAUUGAAGAAUAAAGAAAAGUCACUCAAGGAAAAAGAAAACGAGAUUAACCUGUUGAAUAAGUUACAGAACUGUCGAAGUAAAAAUGCAAAGGGGGCAAUCAUAUCUCUCAAAAAUUUAGAGAACAGGAAGCUCAGCUCGAAUCUCUCCAGAACCAGCAACUCCAAGAACAGAGUCAAGGUGAAAAUUAUUGGCAAAAACAGACUAGACCUAAUCCGAAGAAAAAACAGAAAAAAAAGCAUCAAUUUUAAUUACAACAAUCUCGAAAUUAAUAAUAGCAUUCAAUAUAUUGACAGCAUGAUAAAUGAAAACUUCAAAAACAAGCCUUUUUUGAAGUAUAAGAAUGGAAACAGUUUGGGACUGUCGGAGGCAUUUCAUCCCAUUGACGGGGUAGACAAUAGUGACAUGAGGAUCAAUACAACAGGGAAAGAAGUGAAACCGGGGGGGUCAAAUAGGACGUCCCCGUAUGACAGUAGUGCACCCCAGGUGGACGCUUCGUAUAGUCAUAUUAACGAGAAAGGGGGUGUUAACGUGUCUACUUAUGGUAGAAAAAACACGGCCAAUUAUUCGCUACCCCCCGACGGGGCUCACUACUCGGAGAACAACUCCAGUAAGAACAAGCACCCGGGUAGCGCCACCCUCAUGGGCAACGCGGGUACCAAAUCGAGAAGCAACUUUGAAAAGGAGCCCUUCAAUCAAGUAGGUAAUUUCGGCGUGAAUGGCGACCAUCGCGUGGUGAACGACAACAAUAUGGUUGGCAAUGCUGCCGAGGAUUUUACGAACGAUAUGGAUAGUCACACGAACGAGUAUGUAGAGAACUACAAAGAAAACGCGGAUGCGAAUAAGGACUAUUUUGGUGGCCCAAGGAACAGGCAUUAUAAGAAGGACUUGGGAAAGAUGGAGGCGCAGAGCUACGCGUCCCAGGAGGGGAGAAGCGGUAGCAGCGCGGCGGUGAAGGGUAAUUACAAUUACGGCUACGGAGGGGAAGGCGGCGAGACCCUGGAGGAGGGGCGGUACGAGAGGCAGCACAGCGCCUACGCGAAUGGGAAUAAGACCGCCUCCCCCAAUGGGGGCAUCUUCAGCGACGGCCACGACCAGCGCGAUCGGCGCGACAACCGUGACAACCGCGACAACCGCGACCAGCGCAACCACCGUGACAACCGUGACAACCGCGACAACCACAACAGCUACAACAUUAACAACCUGAGCACGAACAUCAAGAUGGGGAACAGCAACUUGACGUACGCCUCCAACUCGAAGAACACCUCGAGGAUGAAUUUCAAGGAGCACCGACUCCAAGAGCAUGGCGAUAACAUGCUGGCGUCAUUAAACGUCAACAAUUUAAUAGAGUCCGAUUUGAUAGAUGUAAAAAGUAACUACGGUAACUUCUCAGGUCAGCAGAAUAGUAAGUACGAUGGAGAUUUGCUGCUAACCAAUUAUGAGCAAAGAGACAUGAACGUGAUGAUGGGGGAGGAGGAGAAUGAGCAGCCGCACCAGCAGCACCAGCAGCAUCAGCAGCUUCAGCAGCUUCAGCAGCAGGAGGGGGGGAAGGACUAUGGAGAUUAUGCGGAGAACAAAGAACCCAAGCAGGACGUCCAACGGAUUGAUACCAUUAACAAAAAUAUUAGCACCAUUAACGAUGACGUGGACCACAUAAACAGCAACAUAAAUAACAUAAAUGAUAAUUUGCACAAAAUUAACAGCCAUGUGCAUGGGGGCGAGGACAUACCGAGGGGGUUCCCACCCAAAGGAGACGGGGGGAUGGGCGCUCAAAAAGGGAAAGGCAACGAUCAGGUCAGCAAAAAUAGAAGCAGAAAUGGGAAUGAGAAUGGGAAUGGGAAAAAUUUAGUCCCCCUCAACCAGAUAGACAUUCUCGUGAACAGAAACAUGCAGUCGAUAAACCACAUGUCAAGCUUAAUGCAAAGUGGGAAGAAAAUGAAGGCGCCACUGAACAAGCAGACAGAAAAUUGCAGAAUCAUCAGUCAGGCAAAAAACAAGGACAACCGGGGUAACACGGGUAACAAGGACAUGCGGGACAAUCGGGACGUUCGGGACAAUCGGGAUAUUCGGGCCAUCCGGGACAACUUUUUUAACCACAACAAUGAAGAAAAUGACACGAUAAAAAAGGAGAGCAGUUUUAACGAAUUUCUGGAGGACAUAAAUUCGGACAACUACUACGGCAAUGCCGGCAAGGGUAUCGCCGAAAAGGAAGAAAACGACGAUUUUUAUCAUAACAUGGAAAAAUCACUAAACAGUAGAAAUUUGAAUGAUUCGUAUGAUUACAAGCAUUUGGGGAAGCCAAGCGGGGGUGGUGAGUACGAGGAGGACUACAGUCACGAGUACGGAGGGGGCCCGCACAACCGCAGUGUUUACGAAGCUACGAAUCGCUCUUUUCAGACAGCCUCCCAAAAGAAAACCAACGUAAAGAUGAUGCCAGAAAAUGGUUACAACAGUGACAGUAACGUAUUGAGGGGUAAUAAUUUCGCCACAGGUGAAGAAAAUUGCAGAAGACUGAAUUCGAAUUCCAUCGCCCAAGGAAAUGAAAACAAUUUCAAGACGAGAAACAACAGCAGCAACGUCUACUACGACAACGAUCAGAAUGCGCCCCCAAGCUACAGGAAUGACAUGACGCGCAACAUGCGGAGCAAAAAGCAGGAACUCUACAAAGAUAAUUUUGUUUUAAACACAAACGAGCAGAAGCACCCGUUUUAUGAUAAAAGUGGUAAACAUCUCGAUCAGGUGGGGAACCCUGCUGGUCGGGAAGGCGGCAUGGGUGAGAACAAGAGCAACACUGCGUACAUGAGAAGGCCAGAUGCCGACGCUAACGUACACAUGGGUAAGCAUGCCGGCAAGGGUGACGGCAGGGGGGGCAGCAAGGCCAAUUUAGUGGACCCAAGCACGAACAGGAACGUGCACAGGAGCGCGAGUAAUAAUGCAAGCAAUAAUGCGAGCAAUAAUGCGGGCAAUAAUGCGAACAAGAACGCCAACCUGGUGGGGAUAAAGGGAUUCAUGAAGGGUAUGCAAAAUGGGCGCGAGCUCGGCACCGCGGGCAGCGGCGGGAAUAGCAUAAUCGAGCAGCUCGACAAAACCCUGCUGAACAAAUCCAUCAUGAUGAACAAGACCAAAAAGAAGUGA